AUGGAGAGGUCGAAAAACUACACCGCACAUUUUGCGAGGCUAUAUCCGGAUCCGAGACAACUUAGCCCGUCAAAAGAAAAAUUAUAUCUUCACCGGGCGGAGCUUCGAACCGCAUCCAUCCAUGUACCUACCGAGAGAUCAAAUCUUGGAUUAGAGAAGCAAUGCGCCUCACUGGAGCCCCAGACACUUUUCACGCUGAAUUCUCCAGGCGAAUGCCAACUGCUUGUUGAA